AUGUCAGAAGAAGAAAGAGCAAGUACUCCCGAGUUGUCGGAUCAUCAAAACGAAUCUGAUCUGUCUGAUCUAUCCGAUGUGGAUGAAGACAACUAUGAAGCACCAGAGUUCGAUAUCGACUUGAUAGGAAAGCAUAAAAGAGCCGAAGAUGACUCUGCCAAAGACUCGGAGGGGUCCAAGAAGCUCAAGAAGAGAAGAAAGGACGUAGCAGCUGAGCCAGUGGCGGAUGAUAUUCCUACAAUCGAAGAGGAAGACGAAGGUGUGAGGAAGAGACGUGAGUUCGAGGAGAGAUUCGCCAAAUCCAUAACGAAGAAACCCAGCAAGCGCAGAGCGGGAGAGGUGGAUUUGGAGCAGAUGCAGGAUGAAGCAAUUGCUCAUCUGAAGAUCCUAAUGAGAGAGGCAGCUUAUAACGAUAGUGAGAAUGUCAAGGCUGGUAAGCCUUCCACGGAAAAAUUACUACUUCUACCGCAGGUGCGUGAUACGCUGAUGCGUGCGAAUCUAUCAGACUCGAUUUUGGACAACAAUAUGUUGGAAUCUGUGAGGCUAUGGCUGGAACCUCUUCCAGAUGGAUCGUUACCAGCUUACGAGAUCCAGAAAAGCAUGUUCCAGGCAGUGCAGCAGCUGCCCAUCAAGACGAUCCACCUCAGAGAAAGCGGUCUUGGAAAAGUAGUGCUGUUCUAUCAGAAAUCAAAGAAGGUUGAUCCCUCUUUGAAGAGAGCUGCUGAGAAGAUGAUUGGAGACUGGACCAGACCAAUCAUGGGGAGAUCAGAUAACUACAAAGACAAGAAUGUGGCGUCGGCAGAGUUUGACUACACCAAGUUCAUCAACGCCAUCCCUUCUGCUGAGAAGACCAAGAAAGUAUUGGAUGGUCGCAAAUCGUUGUAUGAGGAGAGUGCUGCCCGGAGAAACAGAGCGGCUGCACCUGCUGCCAGAACAUCUGCCUACACUAUUGCGCCUAAGAUGAACAACGACGUGAUACAGAGAAGAAAAGAGGCUGUCAAUUCUUCCAGAGAGGGCAAAUUCAAGAAUAUAAAUUCGAGAAUGAAUCUGUUGACGCAUAGAAGGGGAACCACUAAGAAGGGUGGUGUAUCCAUCCAGGGGAAUGGGUUGGACUAA